AUGCCAAUUCGAUCGGUCGCACCCUCUUUUAUACUGGAAAUAGCCUAUAGAAUGCAACAGACGAGUAUAAAAGCAGUCCGGUUCGAGGUUUCAAUUUUAUUGUCAGUCUAUACUCCAUCGUAUUCAGUUCAAGACAAGCGCACAUCAGCAAUGGCUCGUACAAAGCAGACCGCUCGCAAAUCCACCGGAGGAAAAGCUCCCCGUAAACAGCUGGCAACGAAGGCCGCUCGCAAGAGCGCUCCAGCCACCGGAGGAGUGAAGAAGCCCCACCGUUAUCGGCCAGGAACUGUUGCCCUGCGUGAAAUCCGUCGUUACCAGAAAUCCACCGAAUUGCUGAUCCGCAAGCUGCCCUUCCAGCGGUUGGUUCGUGAAAUCGCACAGGAUUUUAAGACCGAUCUGCGCUUUCAGAGUUCGGCCGUUAUGGCCCUUCAGGAAGCCAGUGAAGCCUAUCUGGUUGGUCUGUUCGAAGACACUAAUCUGUGCGCCAUCCAUGCCAAGCGUGUAACGAUUAUGCCAAAGGACAUUCAGUUGGCUCGCCGUAUCCGCGGAGAACGUGCUUAAAAUCUGAUAAUAUUGCAAGACUGACAGAAAAACGGCCCUUUUCAGGGCCACUGAACGA